AUGAUCAGACCACAGCUGCGGCCAGCUGGGCUCGGACAACUUCUCCUGCUCUGGCUGCUGCUGCCUCCAGCGCCCUGGCCUGCAGUGGACGCUAGGCGGUCCCGGUCCUCGCUGUCCUGCCCGGCGGUCUGCGACCCCACGCGCUGCCCGCCGCUACCCACCUGUUCGGCCGGGGCCGCGCCAGUGCUGGACCGCUGCCGCUGCUGCCGUGUCUGCGCCGCGGCGGAGGGCGAGGCCUGCGGCGGAGCGCUCAGCCGGCCGUGCGCUCCUGGGCUGCAGUGCCGCGCGCCACCCGGCUCCCGGCGCCUGGGGGACUCGGGGGUCGGCACCUGCGGCUGCCCGGCGGAGGGGGAGGCCGUGUGUGGCAGCGACGGGCGCACCUAUCCCAGCCUGUGCGCGCUCCGCGCGGAGAACCGCGCCGCCCGCCUGCGGGGCGAGCUCGCGGCCGUGCCGGUGCAGAAGGGCGACUGUGCAGACCCAGGGACGCGAGGAGCAGGCCAGCCCAGGAACAAGUUCAACUUCAUCGCCUCGGUGGUGGAGAAGGUGGCGCCGUCUGUGGUUCACUUGCAGUUGUACCGCAGGUCACUUUUCAGUGGGGAGGAGAUUCCUGCAUCCAGUGGCUCUGGUUUCAUAGUGUCUGAGGAUGGACUUAUUAUUACCAAUGCCCAUGUCAUCACCAACCGGCGGCGGAUCCAGGUGGAGCUCCAAAAUGGUGUCCAGUAUGAAGCCACUGUUAAGGACAUUGACCAUAAAUUGGAUCUUGCACUGAUAAAGAUUGAGCCUAAAACUGACCUUCCUGUAUUGUUGCUGGGGAGGUCAUCUGACCUGCGGGCUGGAGAGUUCGUAGUAGCCUUGGGCAGCCCAUUUUCUCUGCAGAACACAGUAACUGCAGGGAUUGUUAGCACUACUCAGCGAGGGGGCAAAGAGCUGGGGCUGAAGAAUUCCGACAUUGAUUAUAUCCAGACCGACGCCAUCAUUAAUCACGGGAAUUCUGGGGGACCUCUGGUGAAUUUGGAUGGUGAUGUGAUUGGCAUAAAUACACUGAAGGUGACCGCAGGUAUCUCGUUUGCAAUUCCUUCUGAUAAAAUCCGACAGUUCUUGGCAGAAUACCAUGAGCGCCAGUUGAAAGGAAAAGCUCUUACACAAAAGAAAUACCUGGGUCUGCGAAUGCUGCCCCUUACUAUGAACCUUCUUCAAGAAAUGAAAAGGCAAGAUCCAGAUUUCCCUAAUGCACAUUCUGGGGUUUUUAUAUAUGAAGUGAUUCAAGGAUCAGCUGCUGAAAGCUCUGGGUUGAGAGACCAUGAUGUAAUUGUCAGCAUAAACGGACAACCUGUUACCACCACCACUGACGUUAUUGAAGCUGUUAAGGACAAUGAUUUCCUUUCCAUCAUGGUUCGCAGAGGAAGUCAAACUUUGGUCAUGACAGUCACACCCGAAAUAAUCUACUAAGUAUCUUGUUUUAAAGAGAAACUGCAUAACAAAACCAAAGCUGUAUUACUUGAUUUGUGUUGAAGAUGUGCCAAAGAUAGCAAGGGUAGUUUGAGAAUCUCUUAUAAAGAAAAAUGAAUGCUUUAAAGCACACACACACACACACACACACACACACAUUUCAGGGAACAUUAAAUUGGGGGUUCUAUACAGCUGCUAAGAAGCAAGUAGGAGGACAUGGUGCCAGGAAUCUGGGGAGCUGACAAAACUUUAUUUAAAGAUCAGAAACAAUGGGAAAGCAGGCACAGUUACUAAUUUAACCCUGACAAGAGCAAACGUUAGUAAUUUCUCUGUAGUCACAAACUAGAUAUAACACCAACAUACAGAUAGAAUAGAUCUAUCCACCAAAUAACAAGAAACUACCUGAGUCCCAACUGCAAAGGAAAUCAAAUCUUUAAUAAUACUCCUUUACUUAAUCAGCUUUUUAGGUUGUACCACAUUUGCCUGGCUUGUGGAUAUAGAGGGAUGGGCAUUAUUUAGAUUUCAAACUGAAACUGACAACAGCAGAUUAUCAGAGGGGGUACUAAAGAUCCUCCGGUUACCACUUUGAGUUAAAUUGUUAUGUAACUUUGGUCUCUAAUAGCUGUUCUGUGAGAAGGGCUUCCACUAUAACCAUACAACAAAUACUUUAAUAACUUAGAUGUUUACCUUUCUACCCAAGCUCCAACUUUUUGGCAUUAGUGAGUUAAAGUCUGAAAGCUGUCAAAAGUUUUUUUUUUUUUUUU